UUUUAGUCGAUUUUUUUUAAAUUGUGACACUUCUCAUAUGCGCGCGCAUUGCAACUCCGAAAAAGUUAGGUUAGGUUUAAUAAUUCCAGUUCAAAAUCAAUUAUUAUAAAUAAGAGAAAUGAUUUUAAUUCUGAAAAACACACAUCCGACAACGUCUGCGUUCCGAAUUUUACCAAAAGUACUAUUCAGCAGCAAAUCGGCUCAAAUCCCCACAAAUGCCCUCAAAGACGUGAUCACGGCUGACAAACAGCCCGAAAAUGGCCUGGUUUACGACAAAAAACCAUUCAAAAUGCCUCUGGAGGCUGGUAAACGAUAUUCGUGGUGCCUGUGUGGUUAUAGUCACACGCAGCCGUUCUGUGACGGCACUCACAAGAACCAACAAUUGAAAAUAAAACUAAAGCCUGUGGCUUUUAAAGUAGAGGAAAGUAAGGAAUAUUGGUUGUGUAACUGCAAACACACGGCCAAUAGGCCGUUCUGUGACGGCACCCACAAACAACCAAUAGUCCAAGAAGCCACUUCUGUAGUAAAACAAUGAGGUUAUUGCCCCCCCCCCUGAUGUAGAAG